AUGGCCGCCACGAAACGUUCUCUCGCCGACACCGAGGCCGAGGCCGACGUCACCACCAAGAAGCAAAAGGUCAAGGACCUCGCUGUCAGUGGCGAUGUCGACAGCGAUGAGGCAGCGGAGCUGAAGAAGCAGAAGAAGAAGGAAAAGAAGGAGCGCAAGAAGGAAAAGAAGGACAAGAAGUCAAAGUCUGCCGCUGCUGCUGACCAAGACGGAGAAGCGCCCCCCGCCGCCGAGGCCAAGGCCGAGACGGAGGAGGAAAAGGCCGAGAGGAAGAGGCAAAAGAAGGAGAAGAAGGAGAAGAAGAGGAAGGAAAAGGAGGCGGCGGCCCAGAACAGCAACGACAGCAGCGCCGCCUCCGAUGUCCCCGUCGUCACGGCUAGCGGUCCCACGCCGACCGCCGCCGUCCUCGGCGGCUACCAGCAGGCCGCCGCGCUGACCGCCCUGCCGCAGUCCGAGGUCGACGCCUUCCUGACGGCCGAGAACAUCACGGUGACGGACCCGGUCGACAACUCCACGGCGCUGCGCCCGAUCCUCGAGUUCUCCUACCUGCCCGAGACGGACCUCGUCAAGAAGAACCCCUUCUCGGCCUACAAGAAGCCGACGCCCAUCCAGUCGGCGUCGUGGCCCUACACCCUUUCGCGGCGCGACGUCAUCGGCGUCGCCGAGACGGGCUCCGGCAAGACCAUGGCGUUUGCGCUGCCGCUCGUCGAGGGCAUCUCCAAGAUCAAGAAGCGCUGCAUCAAGGCCGUCGUCGUGUCGCCGACGCGCGAGCUGGCCAUGCAGACCCAGGAGCAGAUGGAGCACGUGUCGAGCCUGCUGGGCCUCAAGAGCAUCUGCAUCUACGGCGGCGCGUCCAAGGACGACCAGCGCGGCCUGCUGCGCCGCGGCGCCGACGUCAUCGUUGCGACGCCCGGCCGCCUCAAGGACUUCAUGAUGGACGGCACCAUCUCGCUGCAGGACGUCAAGUUCGCCGUCCUCGACGAGGCCGACCGCAUGCUCGACAAGGGUUUCGAGGAGGACAUCAAGAUGAUCCUCGGCGACAUGCCGGCGCGCGAGGCCCGCCAGACCGUCAUGUUCACGGCCACCUGGCCCGCGUCCGUCCGCAAGCUGGCCGAGUCCUUCAUGGUCGACCCCGUCAAGAUCACCAUCGGCUCCAGCGGCAAGGAGACGGCCAACGGCGCCGUCGAGCUGCAGGCCAACACGCGCAUCACCCAGCGCGUCGAGGUCGUCGACCCCCGCGCCAAGGAGCAGAGGCUCCUGCAGCUGCUCAAGCAGUGGCAGGCCACCGCCUCCCAGAAGAACGACCGCAUCCUCGUCUUCUGCCUCUACAAGAAGGAGGCCACCCGCGUCGAGGCCUUCCUCCAGCAGCGCGGCAUCCGCGUCGGCGGCAUCCACGGCGACCUCCGCCAGGAGCAGCGCACCCGCAGCCUCGAGGCCUUCAAGGCCGGCACCACCCCGGUCCUGGUCGCCACCGACGUCGCCGCCCGCGGCCUCGACAUUCCCGAGGUGAAGCUGGUCAUCAACGUCACCUUCCCCUUGACGAUCGAGGACUACGUCCACAGAAUCGGACGUACCGGCCGUGCCGGCAAGACGGGCGAGGCCAUCACUCUCUUCACCGAGCACGACAAGGCGCACUCUGGAUCUCUGAUCAACAUCCUCAAGGGCGCCAAGCAGCCCGUCCCCGACGAGCUCUUCAAGUUCGGCACCACCGUCAAGAAGAAGGCCCACAGCACCUACGGCGCCUUCUUCAAGGACGUCGACAUGACCAAGAAGGCGACCAAGAUUACGUUUGACUAG